CUCUUCUUCCUACGGCAUUAUUUUCAGCUGACAAUACUGAAACAUAGGUUUUCCGAGGGCUCCAUCAAUCCGAAACGCAUCCGAUAUAUCGUCCAUCACAGAAGCGUAUCGGGUACCAUACGACACGUCGCUCGCUGCCGAAAUGGCCGCCAUAAGAACUGAGAGACCCUCCUCUAAGCUGGAAGCGCACAAAUCCAACGCCAACCGCCGAGAAAAGAUUGGCGGCGGGCUUCUGAGCAACAUCGCCAAAUUCGCCAUUGACUCCACCAUCAACUACUCUUUCAAAGCCUUCCCUGGUAGGAAGCAAGCGCAUCAGAUUGUGCGGGAAGGAUUAAAGGACCAUCCACCCCUUUCAGCAUCUCUUGACGACAAGAAGAAACCGGAAGAUCUUAAGUUAGUGAUGGAGGAAAUGCACGCAAAAAUGGAGCAGAUGCAGGAAGAAACGAAUAUUGUAAAGCAGCAACAUAAGACAUCAGCAGAGCAUGUUGAAGGAUUAGGGCAUCCAAAGAAGAUGCCGGAUGAAGGCGUUCAGGGUUCGGAUCUUCUGCAGAACAAGAAGAAAAAGAUCUUCAUUCGUUCGCGUCUUUAGAACGAGGUUUGGUGUUAAUGAUCAUAACAGAAAGUAAACAAUGUAAGAACUAUAAAGUAAAACUAAUUGUAAUAAAAUAAUGUGGAUGUAUUGCAAAUAAAUGAGGUUCAGAGUGAGCAUAGCAUUACUCAAAUUAUGGUGCAGAAUUUUCGCCCAAAAAAGGGGGAGUUUUAGCAAGUUCCCAUAAAUCAUAGGUAUUGGGACGCUAGAGUGACGUUGUAUUGGAGCCCCUCUAUUUCAAUUUGGUACGUUACAGUGACUGUGUAUAGGAGAUAUGGGGAAGCCCUCGUAGGAAAGAGGAAAUAUAAAACAAGAAGGGCAUUCCUGGCAGUGCAAAAACAAUUUUUCCUGCCACAUUGUUCCUUCACUCACUCUCGUGUACCUUCUCUGGACUUGCACAUAGUCUCUCUCUCUCUCUCUCCAAGCUAAGUGAGAAGUGACAACCUUGCACCGUUGCACUCAUAGAGAGAUCACAGCACCGAACAAUGGCGGCAUGGACAGUAGCGUCUCGCAGUGCAGCGAAUAUGGCGCGGGUUUCCCCUCCCAAGUCGGCUUCCACCGCUCAAACCAAUUCCCUCGUCCAUCGGCGCGGUUUUGCCACAGGCGGCGAUCGUCAUGGACCUGGGAAGGUGAGCUUUUGGGAGGACCCAAUGCACCCGUCUAAAUGGAAGGAAGAACAAUUUCUGCUUGUCUCUUUAGCUGGAUUGGGGACAGUUAUAUAUGGGGGUUACAAGUUCUUCACGAAAGGCAAAGAGGACAUAAAGGAAGAGGUACUAUGUCUAUUUCACUUUCAUCUCAUGAUCCCACGAAACUAAAUAAUCAAUGUCUUAAGUGCUUUCUCAUACUCUACUACAUGGCUGUAUCUUCUAUUUAGUGUCUUGGGGCCGCAUCUGAACUGUCAAUUCUUAACUCCUAUUCGGUGUUGAGAACUUGGCCGCGUAAAAUGAUUCGCGUUGUAUGAGUUGGGCGGAUUGUUUAUGUAUGCUUUCUAUGCAGUGUCUUGAUGUACUUUUCAUCCGCUAGCGGUGUUUUCAUUUGUUCAUCUUCUGGGACAAAGCAUUUGAUUAGUUGUAGCUCUUGUUGGAUGACUUGCAUGUUUCUCAAACUUUGAAAUAAGUUUGCAAAGAGUUGGAACUACGAAACGGAAGUUUUUCCAUAUCUGCUUCCUUUGCUUGCAGAGAGUUGAAGAACGGCCACGCUAGCUUUUGGGGGACCUGAAUACAAUGUGCAAUUAAACAAACCGUGUCUUGGCUUCAGAACAGUUUACAAUGAGGAUGCACUUUUUGAUGUUACAAGACAUCGUUGUUUUUAGGCAGUUUCUGUUGUACAUGCAACUUUGUAAGUACAUGGAGCCCCUUCUCUUUAUCAAAUGUUGGUUAUAGCGGACAUGUUCCUUCCCGCGCACCCAGGUAUGAAUGCUCCUCUACAUUUUAGCAUUAGUUUAAAGUAGAAUAUCGCUUGUACCAAAAAAUAAAAUGUUGGUUUAUGGCUCAUGCGUUAUCAAUGCCACGACACAAAAAUGUUCCAUCGGAUCUUUCUAAAAACGAACUAUUUUGUUGUCUAUUCUA